GCGGCUGACUCGUACUUAAUUUCUCGAAUUAUCAACUUUCAUGAUAUAUUUGAUUGCCUUUCUGAAAUUCGAAUCGUUCUUGAAGUGUAGAUAAACCAUUUCGAAAUUUCUGCUACCCCCGUCAUGUUCAACGAUAUCACGAAGCCUCCACCCCCGCUGCCGACCACGCAACUAACCGAGCUCGAGCCCGGCAUUUCAAUUGUGUUACCCCUCUCACGCCGAGGCCACGGACCAGGACUCAUCGUCCUUGCCACAAACACAGACCAGUCUCUUGCGAUCAUUGACGGUGUUCCUUCACAGUCGAUCAAAUGGGCCGAAGAAGGAUACACCGUAGUAGAGAUCCAGAGGCGUGCCCUGUUAUCGGGGGCGCAAGAAGUACUUACCAAAGCUACCCAAGCGUUGGAAAGCUGUGAGAAGUGCGACCCGAAGAGCAAAGUUGGUCUCAUAUCUUAUGAUCCCGAGCUAUGGAACUCCGUGGCCCCCACCUUACCAUCUGUUCCGACGAUUGUUGGAGGAGUCGUCUACAGCCAUGUAUCCGACAGCUCUACCUUGGAGUCUGCGGUUGUUCCAGUCCUACGGCAUAUGGCUGGGAAAAAGCCAGACGCAGCAGAACGGCAAGAUCUCGUGAAAUGCUUCUAUUAUCCGAACGCCACGUCGCAUCAAUUUGCAAGCCCUUUCCAGGACCAAUUUGAUUAUUGGGCGGAGUCUCUGUCCCAUACUCGCACGUUGCAGUUCCUCAAGCCCAUUAUGAAUGGGCCGUAUUUUGACCUGGAGACAAUUUGGGAAGAGCAUACUUACUACGAAUUUGCCGAUCGCUCCGUUGAGCACACUAUGAGCACGAUGGUGGACCAGCCAUAUGUGAACCAUGUUCCAACGCUUACCGGUGGGAUUGGCCGUGAAUCCCUGACAAACUUUUAUCGGCAUAAUUUCAUCUUCAAUAAUUCGGAUGAUACCGACCUAGAGCUUAUAAGCCGCACAUUGGGGAUCGACAGAGUAGUGGAUGAGUUCAUCUUCAAGUUUACCCACGACAAGGAACUGGACUGGCUACUUCCUGGAGUUCCACCCACAAACAAACACGUGGAAGUCCCAUUCACAGCCGUUGUGAACAUCCGAGGAGACCGACUCUACCAUGAGCAUAUUUCUUGGGAUCAAGGAUCAGUCCUCAGACAAGUUGGAUUGAUGCCGGAGUAUUUACCAUUCCCUUAUGCUUUACCUGACGGCAGCAAACCAGCUCCAGGCAAGCAAUUUGAAUAUCGCGUACCGGUGGUUGGAAUUGAAUCGGCCGAGAAGAUGAGGGAUAGGAACUCGGUUGCAUCCAACCAGCUGUUCCAAUACCGUCUUCGUGAAGCCCCAAAGUGAUAGUAAAGGCUUUUGAUUUUAUUUCUACUUCUAUGCGACGUAUCGAUUAGCUCUGCCAUCUUCAGAGGACAUGCUCGACAUUUGUCGGGUAAUAGUUCUAUAGCCUAUCAAAUCUCGAGGAGUCGUUCCUUUCUUCCUACAUAAUUUGAAUCAUGACAUCCAAAU